AUGCCAGCGUUUACUCUCAGAAAAAUAUAUGCUUCCUUACCAAGGACUACGCGAGGUCAACCUAUUAUCAUUAAUGGAGAUCCAAAGGGAGAAAACUUGUUGUAUUGCAAUGGGAGUAGUGUCUAUAUUCGCAAUAUCCAGGAUCCUUCCAUAUGUGAUGUUUAUUCAGAGCACUCCAAGGAGACAACAGUUGCUAAGUACUCGCCUUCUAGGUUCUACAUAGCUUCUGCAGACAAAGAAGGAAAAGUGCGAGUUUGGGACACUGUUAACAAAGAACACAUCCUCAAGAUUGAACAUAAUGCACUCGGGGGCCCUAUCAAAGACCUUGACUGGACUAUGGACAGUCAGAAAUUGUGUGUUGUUGGUGAGGGCAGAGAGUUUUUUGGUCGAGUGUUCAGCUUUGAUUCUGGUAACAAGGUUGGUGAAAUCGUAGGCCACAGCAAGUCAAUCAACUCAGUUGCUAUCAGGCAGGGCCGCCCUAUGAAGAUUGUUACUGGAAGUGAAGAUUUCACAACAGUUUUCUAUGAGGGUCCUCCCUUCAAGUUCAAGUGCACCAAAUCAGAUCAUCAGAACUUUGUUAAUUGUGUACGCUACAGUCCAGAUGGGGAGAUAUUUAUUUCUGGAGGUUCUGAUGGCAAAUUGUUUGUGUAUGAUGGCAAUACAUCAGAUCUCAUUGGAGAACUGGGAGCUCCAAAAGCUCAUGCUGGGGGAAUCUAUUCUAUAUCUUUCAGUGCCGAUAGCAAGAAGCUUUUAUCAGUGUCAGGAGACAAGACUGCCAAAAUCUGGAAUCUUGAUAGUAAAUCGGUGGAAACUGAAUUCGUAUUAGGCAAAGAUGUGACUGACAUGCAGGUGGGAUGCCUGUGGCAAGGAAACACGCUUAUCUCCGUCUCUUUAUCUGGUUACAUCAACUACCUUGACCCCUCCAGCCCAAGUCAUCCUAGUAGAGUCAUCAAGGGUCAUAAUAAACCAGUGAUGGCCGUGGCUGUUAAUGAGGAUGGCUCCAGGUUGUACACCGCCAGCAGUGACGGACUCAUUAUCAGCUGGGAUACUGCCACCAGUGAAAGUGAAGACUUUAAGGGCAAGGGCCAUUCAAAUCAGGUUGCAGACUUGGUGCUAGAUAAAGAUUACCUGAUUUCUGUGGCUAUGGAUGAUACAGUCCGGUUUACACCAACUGCUUCAUUGGAAUACAGCGGCCAAGCACUCAAGUUGGACUCUCAGCCUAGAGCUGUUGACAGCAAGAAUGGGAUUGCUGUUGUAGCCUGCAUUCAUCAUGUUGUUGUACUGGAGGCUCCUGGCCGUAAACUGUCAGCGCUGCCUGUGAAGUUUGAGAGUCUCAGUAUCAGCAUCAGACCUGGUGGAGCUGAAGUAGCCAUUGGUUCAAAAACUCAGAUUCACAUCUUCAGCCUAAGAAAUGGCACCCUGACAGAAACCAGAAGUGAAAAUGCUCAGGAAGUUAUGGCUAUUGAAUAUUCACCAGAUGGUGCCUGGUUGGCUGUUGGAUCCAAAAGCAAAAUUCUCAUAUACAAUGUGGAUGAGUGGAAGGAAGUGGUGGGUGGUUGGGGAGAACAGCACACAGCCAAGGUUACAUGUUUGAAGUGGUCACCAGAUUCACGCCGGGUGGUUACUGGGAGCAUCGACUCACACAUCAUUGUGUGGGAACAUGGAAAGUUCCAAGGACAGAAACCCAGUGUGAAAGCACAUCCCCUCAGCCAUGUGAACAAGCUGAGCUGGUUGGACAACCACACCGUGGUCACCGUCGGACAAGACUCCAAUGUCAAAAUAUGGAGCCUGUCGGAAUGA